AUGGCACAGUUAUCUUCUCAGGGUAACAACGCCAUCAUAUACUUGACGUAUGCCUUCUUGCUCUUUACGGGUUUGGCUUUGGCCUGGAAAUUCUCCUCAGCUAAGUCUUUCCUCUCUUCCAAUGGAACGCAGCGUGGUCUUCCGUUGGCCUUGAACUUCAUUGCUUCUGCUAUGGGUGUUGGUAUUCUUACUACCUACUCACAAAUCGCAAACAUCUCGGGGUUGCACGGCCUCUUGGUGUAUACUCUCUGUGGUGCUAUCCCAAUUGUAGGCUUUGCCUUAGUGGGUCCUCUCAUCAGAAAGAAGUGUCCUGAUGGGUUUAUUCUUACCGAAUGGGUUCGUGCCAGAUUUGGAAUUGUCACUGCCUUAUACCUAUCUUUCUUUACUUGUUUGACCAUGUUCUUGUUCAUGGUUGGUGAAUUGUCUGCCAUCAGAGGUGCGAUUGAAACUUUGACUGGUUUGGAUGCUCUUGGAGCAGUUAUUGUAGAAUGUAUUGUCACCACUAUCUAUACCUCUAUCGGUGGUUUCAAAAUCAGUUUCAUCACAGACAACUUCCAAGGUGCUCUUGUUAUUAUUCUUAUCAUUAUAUGUGGUGCAGGUAUGGGUUCCUAUAUCGAUAUCGACACCUCUAAGGUUGGCCCAAGUGGAUUAUUGAAGGCUAACAAGUUGGGCUGGCAAUUGGUGUACAUAUUAUUCGUUGCAAUUGUUACCAACGAUUGUUUCUUGUCUGGUUUCUGGUUGAGAACUUUUGCCUCUCGUACCGAUAAGGACUUGUGGAUUGGUACUUCUAUAGCAGCAUUUGCUACCUUUGCCAUCUGUACCUUAGUAGGAACCACUGGGUUCUUGGCUGUUUGGUCCGGAGACUUGGAAGUUUCUGAUGACAACGGUUACAAUGCCUUCUUCAUCUUGUUGGCCAAGAUGCCCCGUUGGAUUGUUGCCUUUGUGUUGAUCUUCUGUAUUUGUUUGUCUACUUGUACUUUUGACUCGUUGCAAUCGGGUAUGGUUUCUACAAUCUCUAACGAUGUUUUCAGAAACAAGUUACACAUUAACUACACCAGAGGAUUAGUCGUUCUCGUAAUGGUUCCAAUUGUCGUGUUGGCUGUAAAAGUUGCAGACAAUAUCUUGCAGAUCUACUUGAUUGCUGACUUGGUUUCCGCAGCUAUCAUUCCAGCUGUGUUCCUAGGUUUAAGUGAUACUUGUUUCUGGUACAUUCGCGGAUUUGACGUUAUGUGUGGUGGUUUGGGUGCAUUGAUUGGUGUCUUUAUUUUUGGAACCGUCUACUACGGUACUGCUAGAGAAGGUGCUAAACUUUUGUUGAUCUGGAAUGGUAUCUACGAUCCAGAAGACUGGGGUGCCUUUGGAGCUUUUGUCAUUGCUCCAUUUGGAGGUUUGGUUAUUACUUUUGCAGCCGCUGCUUUGAGAAUUGGAGCCGCUUAUGUCUAUGCUAAGGUUAGCGGGAACACAUUCUCUGCUUUGGAUAAGCCGGAGAUUGUUGAAGUCGUUUCUACGGAAGUCGAAUCUCAAUACGGGUCUACUGAUGACUCUAAGAAGAAUAGCGUUUAA